AUGGCGAUGGCCUGGCCAAGAAUUCCCGCUCUUUACUCGCGCAAGCAGCACUGCAUGCCUUUCUCUAGUUUCGCUAUCGCCUGCCAUCCUCCCAGCGCUGCCGAUCCAACGAAACCCUGCGCCGGCGCAGGCGCGGGGGCAGUGGCGUGCUGCCACGAGGAGGGGGAUGGCGGGGGACGGCGGGGGGGCAGCGGGGGGCGGUGCGGGCUGUGCUCGAUGGUGGCGCGCGCGUUCCGCCGCGUGGUGUGCGGCGGCGCGGGCUCGAGUCGACGCAGCAGCGGCGAGGCCUACCAGGAGCUGACUGCGCCUGCGCAGGACGAGGAGAACGGGCUCGCGAGGGAACAUGGAAUCAGCAUAGAUGUUGGUGGAGAAAAUGUUACCUAUAUACCCAUCGGAACCCCAGCGGAAGUUUCCCCGUUCCAGCAGUCCUUUUCCAAGGAGGACUGGAUAUUGUUGGACGCCAUGGGGCCCGGCCCGUCCCUGUCGGCCACCGGGAAAUUCCUGACGAUGCACAAGCGACGUCGCAAAAAACUCACAACUCGAUCUUUGCUGCAAGAUCAUGCAAUACUUGAUGACAUUCAUCAUGGACAAGUCCAGAAAAUACUAGACCGCUGUGGUAAAUGGGCAUUCAAUGCCUUUACUCUAGAAACCGUGGCUGGUGGUAGGUCACUGCCCGUUCUAUGUGUUCAUUUGUUUCAUUGGUACGGCUUACUAGACUACUUCCAGUUAGAUGUUGUACGAGUAUGGAAACUAUUUGCGCUGAUAGAAGAAGGGUAUCAUAGCACUAAUCCUUAUCAUAAUUCCAUACAUGCGACUGAUGUAACUCAAGCAAUGCAUUGUUUUCUUCAAGAAGAUAAGAUUCGGCAACAUGUCACACCGUUAGAAAUUAUGGCAUCGCUUAUUGGUGCUGUUGCUCACGACUUAGAUCAUCCUGGUGUAAAUCAACAUUUUCUGAUAUCGACAUCGAACCAUCUUGCCAUUUUGUAUCAAAAUAAAUCGGUAUUGGAAAAUCACCAUUGGAGGUCAGCGAUUGGUUGUCUGUUAGAGAGCGGCUUGGCAGAGCAACUGAGGCCUUAUAGAACCGAAUUAGAGCAACAAAUCCGUGAGCUCAUAUUGGCCACAGACAUCAACAGGCAACCGGAAUUUCUGACCAGAUUCAAACGACAUUUGGACGAGGACAGCCUGGACCUGCGCAUGUCCGAGCACCGGCUGUUCAUAAUGCAGAUCGCGCUGAAAUGCGCCGACAUCUCGAACCCGACGCGGCCGUGGGACAUCUCGCGCAAAUGGAGCCUCAAGGUGUGCGACGAGUUCUUCCGCCAGGGGGAGUUCGAGAGGCAGCUGAACCUGCCGGUCACCUCCAUAUGCGACAGGCAGUCGACUUCCGUUGCCAGAAUUCAAGUCGGUUUCUUCAAGAUCGUCGUCACGCCCCUGUUCACCGAAUGGCACCGUUUCAUGCACAGCCGCCUCUCCACGCGCAUGAUGCGCACCUUGGAGGAGAACCAGCGGCGGUGGAGGGAGCUGGAGGCGGCCGAGCUGGAGGGGGAGACGAGCGUCGAGGCGUCGGUCGCUGUCAGCGACGACGACGACGGCUCGCCGAAGCGGUCCUCGGGGACGCCGAGUGUGCACGAUUUCAUCCCACCUCCGACAAGAGAAAUCCGCAGACAAUCUCUGGCCGUGCCCACGCCCGAAUCCCUGGGCGUGCGCCGGCACUCCGUCCCCGCCCACACGGACACGCCCCCGCCCCUGCCUCGCACCAUUCACCGCAGAGAGAGCCUGCCCACUGGCCGAGGGGCGGGGCUGGGGGCGGGGCGAUCGCCGGUCAGCCCGCAGGCGGUGUCGCGGGCUUCCAGCGGGCUGCGGGAGGAAGAGGAGGAGCUGCUGGGGUGGGGGUCGCCGGGGUCGGAGGGCUCGGAUGGCAGCCCGCUGCAUUCGUCAGAAGGCAGGAGGCCGGAUAGGCCGUUGAGCGCUGAGACCCUUUUGCCCGAGCCGAGCAUCGCGUCGAUGACGAGCAGCAGCGAGUCGGCCGGCAGGCUGACCUCCGUGCUGCAGGGCCUGCCCGCGCCUGCGCCCUGCAAGGGUCUCACCAGGCAGCAGACGUUCCCGCCGCCGCAGCCCUACAACCGCAUGCGCUACAUGUCGGCCACCGCCGAGAUGAGCGCCUGCCACGAGACGCCGUACGAAGAAGACAGUCGGUCGACCUCUUCACACGGCUCCCCCGAACACAUAUCAACCACCUCGAACGGCGCGCCGCAGUACACGAUCCCGUCCAUAGCGGUGCUGAGCCCGAAUGACGGCCGACCGCUCGAUGCGAUCGUUCAAGACCUUCCCCCACCCCGACCGGCCGCGCCCCAGCGGCCGGCGCCGGCCAAUCACAAGCGCGAGACGGAAGCGGCGGACGGCAAGGAGAAGACGUGCAAGAUGGUGAAGCUGUCCGAGCCGGAGCAGCGGCAGCAGAAGGAGAACGUCGAUCCGAGGAGAUCGGCGACGACGAGUUUGGCGAGACGAAGGGGAUCAGCUCCAGUGACACUUCCUUUAUCGAAGCCAGAUGAAAACAAACCUCCUGCAGGCGGGGGGUUGAUGCCAUCUGACACGCACUCUUUGAGACGAGGAUCAGUGCCAAUUGAAAUUGCUCAUUAUCAACCGUAUGACUACGAUGACGACCUGAUGCGCCAGCCGCUGAUCACGCCCGUGGAGACGUCCCGCUCGUUCUGGCAGUGCCAGCGUCGAGGCUCCGCCCCCCUGGCGUUGCCGCCCCUCGCCGGCCACGCCCUCACGCGUCACACCAGCCUCAACGGCAAGGCGGGGGGACGUCGCAACAAGCAGCUGCGCAGGCGCAGCUCUGGUGGGCCGGAGACGGUUAUGUGCGUGGCAGAGUCCCGUUCUGACGUCAUUUCGCGUCUGUUGAUGCACCACCACCAUCAACAACAACAACAACAACGUGCUUCCGCAGAGAAUGCAGACGCGCUGCUGGUUCGGCGCCGCGGCUCACUGCCCAUCGAAGUCCUCACUGUUGGCCAUUCCGUGUUUUGACGGUUACCCCUAACUCCAUUGGGGCUCCAUUGGACAUCGCCGUCCAACGUGCAAUAAGGACCAACACUCACUGACUGACAUCCACCUUCAUUAGAUAGCUCAUAGAAUCAUCAAGCAUCAUCUCUUGACAGAAAGCCAAAUAAUCAUGAAUGUUUCUAGUUGUCCCUUUGAUUGUUAGAGUUUUUCUGUUCAAAGUGUGCAGUGUAUGUUGACGAAAAUAGGUAGUCGGUAAUUCCUAUGAUAGGUGGUUUAUUUAUUCCUUUUAGGUUUUAAUUUAUUUUAAAUUUUUGUUGUGCGGAUACUUUUUAUAAUGUAUAGUUCGAGAAAAUUUGCGAUUUUGUGUACCUUAUUUUUAUUGUUCUUGUUAAGUUUGUGACGUUUUUGUGCAAUUUGAAAGACGAUUUUUGUAUGAAAAAAAAAAUAGGUAUUUGUAUUAAAUCGACUAUUACAAACCCCAACUUUUUUUACUAUCGGUUUUAUGUGCAUUUUGCAAGGAUUUUUAUAUCGAAACAUGCCUGUAUGUUACAAUAGUAAACUGGUUAACAAUUGAAAUGCAUCAACCGGUUUCAAGUUAACUCAAGGAAUUACUGGAAGAAAAAGAAUUGAGGAAUGAAUACAAUAUUUCGUGCUUACAAAAAGUUCAAUUGUUGAUCAGUAUUGAAAAAUAUCUUUGCAAUGACUGUAUCACUGAUCCAUUAUUGGAACAAAUUUCAGUAAUAGAUAACUGUUGAAUGUGGUUCAUUUUGUAAUGUGCUGUUUACUGUAUGUAUUGUAGUGGAUUGUUGGGGAACCUUAGAGAAAAAAAAGAGACUUAAGGGUUUUGUUGACUCUACGUUGUACAAUGCGAGAAAUUCAAGAGGCAACCCAAACUGGCCAACUAUCUGAGAUUCUGAGUAACAGUGUUAUCAGACUGCUGAAACUGAAUCAAGAAUAACAACUCUUCUGACCAUAUUGCAUAUAUUUUUCAAGUUAACAUAUACCGGGUGUCAACGAAUCUAUUAGACAAGUCAUAACUUCUAGACCAUUAGGUGUAUCAAAAUGAGAUUUGGUAUUGGUAAAUGGUAUGUGAAGAGGAGAGUUUUCACAUAUUUCUCACUUUCCGGUAACUUCCGGUUUCUCCGGAAAUGGCUCCGGUUCUAAAUUUUCAAAUGGAACACCCUGUAUAUUGUAACAUUUUUGGAUUUCUGAGACAAUUCUAGAUCAGAAUGUGACUUGUAUACAGGGUGUUCUCGACGUGCUUAACAUUAAUAUAAAAUCGGUUUUUCUCUGUCUCUAAUAGUUUUCGAACAAUUGUAGGAAAAAUAAAUGAACCUCAAAAUCGCUGAAAACUUCUUCAACACAUCUCAAUUCGUCUCCAGAAAAUUACUAUGAACUUGAUUUUGCAUUUCCAUAGUUUCUGUUAUAAAAAAAAAAUAUUUUUUAAAUCUUGGUACUAGAGAGCUGUGGUGCCUGAAGGGCGCUAAAUACCAAAUCUGAACGCUCUAGGACAAAGAUGAUUUUUGGGUCUUACAAUUGUUAUUUGUUUUACUAGGCAGAAAAGUACAAGAUUUAAUGCCACGGCUGGCGUAGCCGAUGCUAGGAAACUAGCCAAGGCAUUACAUUUUCAUGUCAUGUGAAACAUAUAUUUUUUUCUCGAAAUUCUUAUCAAUUUCAAGCAAAGUCCAAAUAAUCUAUCAUUUUUUGUUCACCCAGUCAUUAUCAAUUUUGAUUACCAAUUUGAUUCAAAUUACUUACCUAGGCAGUAUAACUUCGUCAUUUCUGCCUGUUAAGUGUCAUUAAAAAUCCACUUUUAAUAUCAUUUGGAGAAAAACCCCUUUAUAGAUUAUGGACUGGUCGAUGGGGUGCUCUCGAUAUGCUGAAGAAGGAACUGAAAUCAGUUUCUUUCUAUAUCUCUUAGUUUCUCAGAUAAUUGCAUUUGAAUAUGAAAAAAGAAAAGGGUGCGUUUUCCAUUACAACAUUUUGAUGGAAUGUUGAUGGAAAUCCAUCAAACUGUUGUAAUAAAAUGCGCACUUGAGUGAAUUUUAGGAUAUUUAUUAAAAAUAUUGUGGAAUUUCUGAAUUUCGAGAUCUUGAGAUUUUUGAAUAUGGAGUAUAAAUAAGUGUUAAUCAAUAAAAUCGUAUCAGCCUUUUCUAUUUCUGAAGAUACAUGACGACUGACACACAACGAAAUCCGUUUUUCCAUCAAAGUGUUGAAUAAUCCAUUUUUCCAACGUUCCAGCAUAAAUUCCAUCAGAACAAUUGGUGACGUCACGACUAAAAACCGCAUCUAUCAGUGUGCACUUUCUUUGAUGGAAUGAAAAACACGCUCAACCCAAUCAAACAUUUUCUUUUCCUCGGCAAAUUACGUGAACCACCAAAUCUAUCACUGCCGGAUCAGUCUGCAAACACACUGUUCAAAUCGCUACAUUCGGUGUUUUCCUCUUCCAAACCUCCAUUCCAAUAUCCACAGGCCUUACUAUUCAAUCUGACGAUCACAUCAACGUUGGCCAGUUUUUGAAUUUCUUGUUAUUUCAUGAUAAAAUAUAUUUCAAGUAAUCAAAACAAUCUUAGGAAAUAGUUGAUCUUCCCAGUUGUAACGUUAACUUCCUCUAAGUAAGAAAUUAUUUAUUUCACUUAUGAUAGGGUUAUCUUACAAAACUAUAUCAUUUCACCCACAACAAACUGGGAGUUGGAAACUUGUUGAAUAUUUAUCCACUUUACAAUAUUAUAUUAUGAUUUGAUUUGAGAAAAAUAUGCACCAUUUUUCUAUAAUCAAAUAAUGUUCCGGAAUUUGAAAAUUAAAAGGGGAAACCUCAGCUGGUACUGAACCUUCAACAACACUUUAUUAAAAUAAUCAUGAUAAUCAUAUUUCCCAGCUCAUUUUGGAAACUUAUAGUGUCUCCGAAGCUCUGUUGGGUUUAUCCAAGAGAACUUUUUUGUACAAUGUCGGAAACAUCAACUGUUGAAUUUCUCCAUCAGCAAAUUGAUCUAUCAUAUACUAACCCUGUUUUCAAGUGUCAAAAAUUCAACAGUGAGAAGCCUGAAGCUCAAAGGCCAAUGGAAAAAAAAAAUGUAUAAGUAUAGUUUAUCCAAAAACAAUUGCAGUCUCGUGCCGCCACUUCAAAGGGAACUUCAAACACGCCGACGCCGCACAGUGCCGGAUAUUCUGCAAUUGAUAUUGGAUGCCUUAUAACAUCCUGUACAAAUAUCCAACUCCCCCUUUGUGAACUGGGAUUUAACCAUACUUGAAACUGACCACAGAAUAAAACGAGGAUCAAAACAUUCACUUGGACUUUGCUACUGCACCCGAAGAUUUUCACUAAAAAACAAUUCGGGUUCGAUAAGAAAAUCCAACUGAACCUUAUGCCUACUUUUAGGACCACACAGUUGAACUAACAGGGUUAUUCAUAAGAUGUGUUUUUCAUAAGACUGCUUAGAGAUGAUUGUCAUUUAGGGAGGAAUACAGACAAGAGACGGGUCGAAUCUACCCCAUUGUUACGCUUAAAAUCUGAGUU